CCCGGGCGGCCGGCACGCGAAGGGUGGAGGGGGAGGGGGAAGGAGCGGGCGGGGGAGGGAGGAGAGGAAAAAAGCCAGAGCUGCAGCAACAGCGUCUCAACCUGGGAUGUGCACCAACCCCGGAGAGCGAGAUCAAAGGGACUGGAAACAGACUGGGGACUGGCGGGGGGAGGGGGCCGGCCAGCCUGUGGAGUCCUCCCUGAGAAGCGGAGGGCCCGGCUUCCACCGUGACUCCAGCGGCCUGCUUGGGGUUUUAAUUAUUAUUUUGAAAUUUCUGAAUCGAGGUAGAGCGAGAGAUCUCCGUAGACUGCGACUCGCUGGCUCUCGCUCCGAGAUGAUGCAGAGUGCGACUGUCCCCGCGGAAGGGGCUGUCAAGGGGCUCCCGGAGAUGCUAGGUGUGCCGAUGCAACAGAUUCCCCAGUGCGCUGGCUGCAACCAGCACAUCCUGGACAAGUUCAUCCUGAAGGUCCUGGACAGACAUUGGCACAGCUCCUGCCUCAAGUGUGCAGACUGCCAGAUGCAGCUGGCGGACAGGUGCUUCUCCAGGGCUGGGAGCGUCUACUGCAAGGAGGACUUCUUCAAGCGCUUCGGCACAAAAUGCACGGCCUGCCAGCAGGGUAUCCCCCCAACCCAGGUGGUCCGCAAGGCCCAGGACUUCGUCUACCACCUGCACUGCUUUGCUUGCAUCAUCUGCAACCGGCAGCUGGCCACGGGGGACGAAUUCUACCUCAUGGAGGACGGGCGGCUGGUGUGCAAGGAAGACUACGAGACAGCCAAGCAGAACGAUGACUCAGAGGCUGGAGCUAAGCGGCCCCGGACCACCAUCACAGCCAAGCAGCUGGAGACAUUAAAGAAUGCAUACAAGAACUCCCCCAAGCCUGCCAGGCACGUGAGGGAGCAGCUGUCCUCAGAGACAGGCCUGGACAUGAGGGUCGUACAGGUUUGGUUUCAGAACAGAAGGGCCAAAGAGAAACGCCUGAAGAAGGACGCAGGGCGGCACCGCUGGGGGCAGUUCUAUAAGAGCGUCAAGAGGAGCCGGGGCAGCAGCAAGCAGGAGAAGGAGAGCUCUGCAGAGGACUGUGGGGUUAGUGACAGUGAGCUGAGCUUCCGAGAGGAUCAAAUUCUCUCAGAACUUGGCCACACCAAUAGGAUUUAUGGCAACGUGGGGGACGUUACAGGCGGACAGUUAAUGAAUGGGAGCUUCUCCAUGGACGGGACAGGACAAUCCUAUCAGGACUUGAGGGAUGGGAGCCCCUAUGGAAUCCCCCAGUCUCCAUCCUCCAUAUCGUCCCUGCCAUCCCACGCUCCUUUGCUCAAUGGGCUGGAUUACACGGUGGACAGUAAUUUGGGCAUCAUUGCGCAUGCAGGGCAGGGAGUAAGCCAGACGCUGAGAGCCAUGGCUGGGGGACCCACCUCUGACAUCUCCACAGGAAGCAGUGUAGGCUAUCCCGACUUUCCAACUAGCCCAGGCUCUUGGCUCGAUGAAAUGGAUCAUCCUCCUUUUUAAACUUCUCUCCUCCCCACCCUACCUGCCCCCCUGGCUUGAGAGAAUAUCUUCAAGGAUCAAAAGAGACUUGCCUUUUAAGGAUCGAAAGUACGCCAAUGUGAAUUUCCAUUAUUUUCAAUGGAAGUCCUCCGCUGAUUCCUAGAAGGCUGUGAGACCACACUAGGGCAUUGUUUCCCUGGGGAAGCAGUGGGAGAGCAGCCUCAUCUCAGAACACAGCACAGGGGGUAAUGGCCUAGAGCUCUAGGGACACUGGCUUGUUGGGUCUCUCCCCUGCUGUUCUGCUUAGGGGCUUGGCUGCUCAGUGCUUUGGUAGCACAAGGUGACCGUGAUAGGCCCCCUUGGCCUUUGGGAACUUUGCUCCAACUGGUGUGUCUCACACAAUGCCUCCCAAAACGCUGCUCUCACCAGAACUGAGACUCCUAAGGUAGAGGCCUCACAGCCCUUGAGUAAAAUAAAAGUGAUUUCUGGACCGUC